AUGCUGCACUACCAGUGCACAGGUUCGAGUCCCGCUGGGGGUGUUGAUGAGACUAGUUUGAACGAGGUUGCAACCGCAGCCUACUCCUGCCUGGAUGUGAAUUCUAUUCGAAAGGCAGCACUCUGUGAAAUUAGUAGAAUAAUGGUGUCGACGCAUAUUAUGGUAGGUCUGGCAGUUCACUUCUGCUUAGAUGAGAAUACCUUUUGUGAAGAAUGA